CGCGAAAGAAAAGACGAGGCCACAGUGCUGAAUCUCUUGAGUUUGAUUGUUUUUGAGGAUCAGUACUGCAUUGAACAACGACCGCCAAGGGGCUGGACAACAAACCCCAACAACGAUAACUGGUGAGCGUGAGAUCUUCGCACCUCGGAUGCUACCGGACUGGAUGAGCUCUCUGCCGCAGACCUCAUGUUGUGGAUACUGACGCCGUUUCUCUUUUCCCUGAGUUUGUCGCGGGCCGCUUUGGUGCGUCGAUCUUCUGCAUUCAUCCCUCCUCAUCUUUGGUGCAUGACGCCGGCGUCGAGAGGGGCCCUGACACGCACAAUCGCAAAAGAGGUGCGUGCGACGCACGCACACCUGGCACACACGUAAGUCUAGUCGUGUGUGUCAUCCUUUCAGAGUGAUGGUGAGGAGCAGCCGAUGCCAAGCAACCCUGAUGGUGUGCCAGCAGGUGCGUCCAUACCAGACACAAAGACAUACAUGAGAGGGAGAGAGAGGCGAAUCCAUCCACACACACACACACACAUCUGUGUGUCUGUGUGCCGAUUGACUGCUUGAUGUGCGUGAUCCGUGUGUAUGGUUCAUUCGUUUAGGCAUGCCAACGAAGUGUGGUGAUUCGGAGGUUUAUGGGCGGUCAGAUGAGGACGUGCGGCUGGGCCUUGCCCGGUUGCCCAGGGUCACGCUCUCACCGGAAUUCGUCCAACGACACAAAUCCGUCCUUUCCAGAGAGACUCGCCGGUGAGUGUGUCGUCACAGAACAAUCAACACCUCAAGUUUGCAAAGCGUGUGUGUGUAGCUGGCCUACGGUGUGCCUCAAGGAUAGGAAUCUGCUCUUGGUGGUUUUCUACGUCUGGCCGUUGCUGGAGCAAAUGAUAUUCCAGGUGUGUAGUCACCGCACAACACACACACACACACACACACACAGAGGACACCCACACGGAUGGAUGGGUGGGUGCAUCAAUCAGCGCCGCCUGUGUGUGUGUGUGUGUGUGUGUGUGUGUUGGACAGACAAACUGGCGCAUCUACGCGAAACCUUACGACCAGGACAACCAUGACGCCACGUCGGUGUCGUUCCUGGUCGGCAAGGACAGGGCCUAUCGGAGGCACAUUUGGGUGAUGGCCGGCGACAAUCGCGAGCAGCUGGAAGGGACAAAUUUUUUUAAAGUCACCGCAAGAGCUCCUGAGGAGCCGCCUAGUGCGACAGGCGAUCAGAUACGGCUGCAUUGUGGACGCGACCUUCAACACAUGGACUUUCUACCGCUACAACGACAAGAACUUUCUGCAGAAGAUCAGAGAGUUUAA